UUACAGAUGGCAGGAACUUCAGGAGCACGAGGAACCACGUGCACUGAAUACUUACACGAAUGUGGAAACUUCCCAGUCCUUCGCAAGGAAGGUAGUGCCCUCGAACAAAGUGGAUCAUUGGUAGAAUGUGCACAUCCAGAACUGUACACAACACUGAGGAGUGAAACUUAUAUCUCAUGCAAUAACCCUCAAAAUAAGUUGGACAUAGAGACAGUUAAUAAUGCAGAAGUCAAUGUCGAACUACAAUUUCAAACUGAAGAUAGAAAUUGCAAUGUACCCCAAGUUCCAGAAGCACCAACCUCUUCAGAAACCAAUAUAGAAGUCACAGAAAGGGCCAGCAUAGUUGUUGAUUCAUGUAAGUCUGAGCGAAGAGCUGUGGAGUCAAACUUGAAAAAUGUCAGUGAUCAUGCUUGUAGCAAAGUAGACAGUGUAAAUGACAAUCCUUCUAAAGCAAAAAAAGGACAGCUCGGGAAGGAGAAAGAGAACAUUGAUUGGGACAGCUUACGGUUAGAGGCCCAGGCCAACGGCAAGAAAAGAGAAAAGACAGCGAACACAUUGGAUUCACUGGACUGGGAAGCAGUGAGGUGCGCAAAUGUCAAUGAGAUAGCCCACACAAUUAGAGAACGAGGAAUGAACAACAAGCUGGCAGAGAGGAUCAAGAAUUUUCUUAACCGGAUUGUUAGUGAACAUGGAAGCAUUGAUCUUGAAUGGCUGAGAGAUGUUCCACCAGACAAAGCAAAAGAGUAUCUAUUGAGCAUAAGGGGCUUGGGUCUGAAGAGCGUGGAGUGUGUGAGACUUUUAACACUUCACCACCUAGCUUUCCCAGUUGACACAAAUGUAGGGCGUAUUGCUGUUAGGCUAGGGUGGGUGCCCCUGCAGCCGUUGCCUGAGUCACUACAAUUGCAUCUUCUUGAGCUGUACCCAAUACUGGAGUCAAUCCAAAAGUACCUAUGGCCACGUCUCUGCAAGCUUGAUCAAAGAACAUUAUAUGAGCUACAUUACCAUAUGAUCACCUUCGGAAAGGUCUUCUGUACAAAAAGCAAACCCAAUUGCAACGCAUGUCCACUGAGAGGAGAAUGCAGACACUUUGCAAGUGCCUUUGCAAGUGCGAGGCUUGCACUUCCCGCGCCGGAAGAAAAAAGCAUUGUGUCUGCAACAGAAAACAAAGCCUCUAACAACAAUCCAAGGGAAAACUUCACUCACCUGCCUCUGCCAUUACCUCCGGGUAAUCAACAACCAGUGGAGCAUCAGAAGUUGAUCAACUCAGCUCCUAUUAUUGAAGUGCCAGCAACACCAGAGCCCAUUGUUGAACUUCCUGCCACACCUGAGCAAGAGCAAAUACAAGCACCAGAAAUUGACAUAGAGGACACUUACUAUGAAGAUCCUUGUGAAAUUCCUACAAUUGAAUUGAAUAUGGCAGAGUUCACUCAAAACUUAAAGAAGUAUGUCAAAAACAAUAUGGAGCUUCAUCAGGUAGAAAUAUCGAAUGCCUUAGUAGCCUUAACUUCAGAAGCUGCAUCAAUUCCGGUGCCUAAACUUAAGAAUGUCAGCCGGCUGAGAACUGAACAUCAAGUAUAUGAACUUCCAGAUUCUCAUCCACUUUUGGAAGGGUUGGACAAAAGAGAACCAGAUGAUCCUUGCUCCUAUCUUCUUGCUAUUUGGACACCGGGUGAAACAGCAAAUUCUUUUCAACCUCCAGAAACACAGUGCAACUCUCAAGAAUCUGGCAAACUAUGUGAAAAUGAGACAUGUUCCUCAUGCAACAGCAUACGUGAAGCACAUUCUCAGACAGUAAGAGGGACUCUUCUGAUACCAUGUCGAACAGCUAUGAGAGGAAGCUUUCCACUCAAUGGUACCUAUUUUCAGGUCAAUGAGGUGUUCGCAGACCAUGAUUCCAGCCUCAGCCCAAUUAAUGUCCCAAGGGAUUGGCUGUGGAAUCUCCCACGGCGGACUGUCUACUUUGGAACCUCAAUACCGACGAUAUUCAAAGGACUAACCACAGAAAGUAUACAACACUGCUUUUGGAGAGGGUUUGUUUGUGUGCGGGGAUUUGAUCAUAAGACACGAGCACCUCGACCGCUGAUGGCACGGUUGCACUUUCCAGCCAGCAAGUUAAACAAGACUAAAGGAAAAACGGAUGAAGAACUUGGAGCAGCCCACCGAAUAUAGCUACCCAGGUAAUCAUGCCAAACAAACUAACAGCAUUCAAUAUCAUGCAGUUCUAAGCCAGAUGGUGAAAGAAGAUAGGUAUCUUGUUAACUUAUAAAGUAGAAACGAAAGUGAGAUGAUAAUUUUUUUUUGUAAAUAACAGUUAUGAUGUUUCUUUAAAUAGCAACAAUUUAUUGGGUCAGUUUAUUCCCAUUUAGUUCGAUCGAAUUCUGUAAGAUAAUGGACUUACAGAGCCCAUUAUUUUACUUUUUAGUAUUAAUAGCUUGAACUGAACAAAGUUGUAAUGUU